AAGGAACCUAAAAAUCCUUUCAACAACUUUCAGCAUAUCCUGACUUGGGAAGACCCUAACAAUGAAUCGGCUAUCUACUACAAAGUGCAAUAUUCGGAAAACUACCAAAGGUUGGUCCCCACCAGAGAUUGCACCAAUAUCAGUAUUCCCCGCUGUGACCUGACAAAAGAUUUCACAGACAUCUUUUGGAAAUUAUGCGGCACAAAAUCCAGAUCUUCACUCAUAAUGACUCAUCAGAGCCACUUUUCUCCCAUCCCAUGUACCCCCAUAUCAGACACUUGUCUAGGGCCCCCCAUUGUGGAUGUUAUUUCAGAUGAUAAUGGACUCCAAAUUUCUAUCUACCCUCCGGUCUCUCAUUUAUGGAGUGAAAAGGAGCAGCACAAUGUUACCAUGCUGAGUGACAAUGUCUAUCCAUUGCUGUUGUACACAAUUCAGCUGGUGAAGGACUCUGCACAGGCCACAAUACAGGAAACUGAAGUUAGUAACGAAAAAUUAUACCACACUAAUAACGGACAUUCUGGGAAACAGCAACUACUGUGUAACUGUGAAUGCAUCUACUGAUCUUAAUGACCAUUCAGUAGCAUCUCCAAUGAAAUGUAUCUUCACUAAACCUCCACAAGCAAGAUGUAAGUAAAAAGUAUAUU